AUGAUGCGCUCUUCUUCUCGGUCGUUGAAAAGAGCGCUCUCCUCUCACUUCGCGACGACGACGACGAUAUCGACAAAAGCGACUUUAUUUCGUUUUUUGAGGACGAGCGCGUGCGUACCUUUUACGAAUACAAAUCGUGCGAAUGAAUCCCUUAAAAAAACCACCGGUUUAGUCGGUUUACCGGUGAUGAACGACCCGAUAAACACGUACGCGAAUUUAUGCGACCAAGUCCUGGAAAAGAUCCAGUUCGUGCCGGAGAACGCGGCGUACAGAACAGUCGUGGAAGAAAUGUACAAGCACCGAAAGAAAGUGACGUUAAGUGGGAAAACGGUGAGCGAAAUUGAAGAGACGAUCGCGGCUGGGCAAAUCGAAGAGUUAGCGGUGCAAGCGAGAGACGAGUUGGAGCUGAUUCCAAAGAUGCGAGAGUGGAAACCGUGGGAGUUUUCGCACGAGAUUGAGAUUGAAAAAGCGGAGAAUCCAACCGGGAUCGCGAAGAAUUAA